CUUACCAGCCAUAAAGUCCUAUCAGUCAGGGACAUAAAAUGUACUUAAAAUGUACUUUAUCAUAUAUUUGUUACUAUAAUCCUAUGUUGUUGUUUUAAUUUGCCAAAAAUAUUAUUAUUAUUUUAUUUAGAAUGAACAAACAUAUGCUGAAAGUGAGAACAUCAAUGAAGACCUUAGUCUUGAUGUCAGCAUGCUUUCCCUGGAUCCUACAACAGAAAAGGACCUAAGUUUUGUUCCUCUAAGUUCGACCUCAACAUCAACGCCAACUACAGAAGAAGAAGAAGCAAAUUGUAGAUUCAGAGAUAAAAAAUGGAUCGUCAAUGAGUCCAGUUUGAUGGAGCUGUUUACCAGAUGUCAUCAUUGUGGAGCAUCAGUCACUGAAACUAAAAAAACAACCUGUGGAAGCCUCAUACGUGUUGCUUGGGAAUGUUCAAAUGGUCAUCAAGGAAAAUGGAACUCGUGUGAUGAAAUUAGAGGCAUGCCAGCUAACAACCUUCUUGUGGCAGCGUGUAUACUUUUCACUAGGGCAACAUAUGCAGACAUUGAUGACUGGGCUUCAAUACUCAACCUCCAAAUACCAAAGAAAACCACCUUUUACGCUAUCCAGUCCUCUUAUUUAAUCCCGGUUGUAGACGUUAUGUACAAAGAACAACAGGAGAAAUUGCUGGAAGGCUUGCGGACACAAAACAUUCUGAAAAAAGGAGUUCAUUUGUCAGGAGAUGGGAGAAAUGACAGCCCUGGAUUCUCAGCAAAGUACUGUACAUACAGUAUAAUGGAUGAUUCAACGAAUCAGGUUGUUCACUACGAGUUGGUGCAGGUCAGUGUACAUGCAGAUAUUGUCACUAAUUGAUCAACAUUUAUAUGUAAUGUGUUUUGUAUUAUUAUUUUACUUAAAUUGUGUAUUAUUAUUAAAGGUGCU